ACACGUUUAGCCCAAAAUUUUAACCGGGUCGUCGGUUUGCAAAACCGGGUCGGUUUAAAGGACAUCUCGACUCCAGGAUUAAUUUUAUCGGCAGCCAAACAGUGCGGUUUUCAAAUUUCCGCUACGAGAAAUUGAUUCAUUUCUGCGGAAGAUCCAGCAUGGACUGUGGGAUCGAGGAGGGAUCGGCGUUGCUCGGAGGCGACCGGAGGAGCUAUACGAGGGAUGUUCAUAUCCUCAGCGUUUCCUUCUUGCUUAUCUUCCUCGCCUACGGUGCCUCUCAGAACCUCCAAAGCACCCUCAACAAGGAAUUGGGAACAAUCUCUCUUGGGAUAUUGUAUUUGUCCUUCACGUUCUUCUCCAUGGUUGCGUCUUUUGUUGUCCGGUUGAUUGGCUCGAAGAACUCUCUGGUUCUGGGAACCACUGGCUACUGGCUCUUUGUUGCUGCAAAUCUGAAGCCUUCAUGGCUUACCAUGGUUCCAGCCUCUCUGUACCUUGGAUUUUCGGCUUCAAUAAUAUGGGUUGGGCAGGGAACUUACCUCACUUCUAUCGCGCGAAGCCAUGCUAAGGAUCAUGGUUUGCUUGAAGGACCAGUACUUGGUAUCUUCAUGGGGGAAUUCUGGGCCAUGUUUGCCUGUCACCAGCUGUUUGGGAAUCUUGUCACGCUUGCAUUACUAAGAGAUGGAAAGGAAGGAAGUACCAGCAGCACAUCCUUAUUGAUGAUGGUGUUUCUCUUCAGUAUGACAUUGGGCACGAUAUUGAUGUUUUUCAUUAAAAAAUGUGAGACAGAAGAUGGAAGAGAAUCUGAGGGUUCUUCUGUUGGUUUCUGCGACUCUCUAGUUACCUUGCCAAGAAUGAUAAUUACUCCUUUGCUUGACAUACGGAUGUUAUUGAUCAUCCCACUUCUUGCAUAUUCAGGAUUGCAAUCGGCAUUUGUUUGGGCUGAAUUUACCAAGGAUGUUGUCACACCGGCAAUUGGUGUCUCAGGUGUUGGAGGUGCCAUGGCAGUCUAUGGAGCUUUUGAUGCGGCUUGUUCAAUAACUGUUGGACGAUUUACCUCUGGUCUCUCAUCAAUCACCUUCGUAGUUUUUGGUGGAGCUGUUGCUCAGGCUGCUGUGUUCGUUUGGCUUCUUCUUGGAUACAGGCUAACUAAUGGAGUACUCGGCACCGUGUACCCACUUCUGAUGGCGGCCAUACUAGGCAUUGGUGAUGGAGCUUUAAAGACUCAAAUAAGCGCUCUUCUUGGGUUGGUCUUCAAGCAUGACACGGAAGGAGCUUUCUCACAGCUAAAAGUGUGGGAGAGCGCGGCAAUAGCAACAGUUUUCUUCCUCAGCCCCUACUUAUCGCUGCAGGCCAUGCUCAUAAUCUUGCUCAUCAUGCUAUGCCUUUCGAUUGUUUCUUUCCUCUUUUUAACUUUUCAGGUAGAGGGAAUGUACAACCACAGCGAAAGCCAGUGAAUGAAUCACCAAACUCAAUAGUUUGUUAACAGCUAAAAACGUGGAUUCGGACCGAUCUAGAGGUCGGACGAAUUCGAAAUUCUAUGUAAACAAUUGUAGGCGGUACCUGAGGUAUAGUCUUCCACAAGAAGAAACUGAAGUACUUUAAGAACUCUGCAAACCAUGUUCCAUAAUGGUCAGAAGUAAGAAAUAAGAAAUGAAGGUUGUAUGUGUAUGUAUGUGUCUAUAUGCAUGUAUUUGCGUGUGUU